AUGGCGUCAGACGAAAAGGAAAAUGCCAAACUUGAGCCUUCUCGCUCAGUCUACCAAAGCAAUGCCAUCGUGGGCGGUCUGCACCGUCGGCUUGGCAAUCGCCAGAUCCAACUCAUCGCAGCUGGCGGUUCCAUUGGAACAGCCCUUUUUAUCAGCAUUGGUGGUGCUCUCGCCAAGGGUGGCCCGGGCAGCCUACUCAUCGCUUACACCAUCUACUCCAUUAUCCUCGCCCUUGUCAACAACUCGAUUGCCGAAAUGAAUACAUACAUGCCCACUGUAGGUGGCUUCGUCCGCUUGGCAGGCUACUGGGUUGAUGAUGCGCUGGGCUUCCUCGCUGGCUGGAAUUUCUUCCUCUACGAAGCCCUGCUCAUCCCAUUCGAGAUUACUGCUCUGAACUUGGUUUUGUCAUUUUGGAACGCAGAUAUGACGAAUCCAGGCCCAACAGCGGGUGUCUGCGCUGGUGUUAUUAAUUGCUAUGGAAUUCUCAACAUAGUGGCAGUGCGAUUCUACGGAGAAGCCGAAUUUUGGCUCUCUGGAGGGAAACUCGUCUUGAUCUUCAUGCUCUUCGCAUUUACCUUUAUUACGAUGGUUGGAGGCAACCCCCAACACGAUGCAUACGGCUUUCGAUACUGGUCACACCCAGGACCAUUUGCAGAAUAUCACACUCAGGGUGAUCUUGGCCGAUUUGAGGGCUUCCUUGCUGCUAUUUGGAGCGCUGCCUUCACGAUCGUCGGCCCUGAAUACAUCUCCAUGGUCGCGGCUGAGGCCAAGCGCCCCAGUAUCUACAUCAAGUCAGCCUUUCAGACGGUUUACUAUCGAUUCUGUAUUUUCUUUAUCGUCGGUGCGCUGGCUGUCGGAAUCGUUGUUCCCUACAACCACCCAACCCUUGUCGAAAUCUACUUCGGAAGCGGUGGAGGCGGCACUGCAGCAGCCUCGCCGUACGUUAUUGCCAUGGAAACUCUGGACAUCGGCGCACUGCCGCAUCUGGUUAAUGCCUUGAUCCUGACCUCUAUCUUCUCGGCCGGAAACACAUACACCUACUGUGCAACGCGGACGUUGUACGCCUUGGCGCUUGAAUGGCGAGCUCCUCGGUUCCUACGCUACUGCAAUCGCAGCGGCGUUCCGAUCUAUUGUUUCGUGGUAGUCAUGCUUUUCCCUCUUCUUUCGUUCUUGCAGCUCAGCAACGGAUCAGCCAAGGUCUUGACCUGGCUGAUUACCCUUGUGACAGGUGGCGGCGUGAUUACUUUCAUCGUUAUUUCGAUUACAUUCCUCAAUUACUAUCGAGCCUGUCACUCUUUUACUCCCUGGAGCGUCUCCGACUUUUUCGCCAACUAUACCAUGCAGAUACUGGCUCUUUGUCUGUUCUUUGGAUGGAAGUUUAUCAAGAAGGCCCGAUAUAUCACGCCCAGCAACGUUGAUCUAGUUUGGGAACGGCCCAUCAUUGAGUCCUACGAGAACUCUAUUCACGACGCCAGCGGCUUACGGCAGAACACCAAUGUGCAGAUUGAUGCUUAG